AUGCCUCUUCCUAUCAUUGUCCCGGGGGCCAGCCAGAUUAUUGAGGGGUACUUUUCCGAGUCUGAGAACCCAGCACCAAGCAGCGAGCCCUGGAUGAGCAAGCCCGAGGUGCCGUCCAGAAGUGAGAUCAUGGGCUAUUGUGAUGCAAACACAUACGAAGAUGUGAUUCUACACCCCAACAGACCCUCCAGUGUAUGGUCUUCUGCAACAGAAUAUCUCGGAACACACUAUGAGUUGCUUCGAGAGGACGCUGUGGCGCCACUUCGAGAUGCAGUCGAAUAUCUGCGUGACUGCCCUGACAUUAAGGACACCAAUAAAAUAUCAGUUUAUGACAAGGUCCACAUUGUCCGUAUGACUGCAGCUACCAGAGGGCUCGCAUUUCGCAUCCGAUUCUCCACCAAACGGGCUGGCAAAAGGAUCAUAUGGCACCAUUCAUCUCGUCUUAUGACUGGAUCCCUUGUUGCUUUAUCUCCAGCCAAAGAUUGUUUUGCAACCAAGUGCGUGGUAGCAACUGUGGCAUCACGAACUCUGGAGAAUGUGGAAAAGUAUCCGCCUGAGGUCGAUAUCUACUUCGCCUGUCCUGAGGACAUCAACAUUGAUUUUCUGCAAGAAUGGAUUAUGGUAGAGGCUAAAGAUGGUUAUUUCGAAGCCUCCAGGUACACUUUGACUGCUCUGCAGAAGAUGGUCAAAGAAAGGUUUCCCUUGAGCCAGUACAUCUGCAGCUUAAAUUCAAAUGUCGCCGUAGCGGCCAAGGUUGAGGAGAAUCCGGUCCUGGAUCUCCAGUCCGUGAGUGGUGUUCCCGUUGGAGAAAAGGCAGUGUACAACAUUCUCAAAGAUUUACCCGUUGCUCCUAUGGGGACACUGAAUACUCUACAGUGGAAGGCAUUAAAGGAAAUAUUGACAAAGGGAAUAUCUCUUAUUCAAGGGCCCCCGGGUACGGGCAAGACUCACGUCUCCGUCGCUGCAUUGAAAAUCAUACUGUCCAAUAUGGGAAAUGAAGAACCUCCAGUCAUAAUCGCCGCUCAAACAAACCAUGCAGUGGACCAGAUUCUCAAGCUGGUGUCUGCCUCUGAGCAAAACUAUAUUCGCUUGGGAGGAAGGACCACCGAUUUGGAGAUUCGCGAAAGGACAUUGCAUGCCAUCAAAAUUUCCCGUCCGAUUCCACGAAUGAAUCAGAUUUUCAAGAACGCAAAGAAGGAACUGGACAGGCUGACAUCUGUCAUCAUGUCUCUCUCCAAGCCGUUAGAGCCAGGGACAUCUGAGAUUCAUAUCAAUUCUUCUUCAUUUCUCGAAUACGGCUUGUUGACCUCCCAACAGGUUGACUCUCUACAAUGCGAGUUAUAUCGUAUGGUGGGGUGGAAUGACAGCAAAGGAGAUGACCCACUCGCAUAUUGGCUCCAUGGGCAGAUUUCACCGUUCUGGGUGAACUACGGUGAAGAGUACACUGAGUCCUUCGAGGACGAUAUUGACCGAAUGGAUGAGGCCAAACACGGAUAUGAAAGUGACGACCGGGAGAUACUCAAUGGCAGAUUCGCGGUCUUUGAUAUAAAUUCCAUUGGGCGAAACAAUUCUGCCGUCUCUGAGGAGGCCAUUCGCGGCCACCUACAGAAUCCCGACUUGUGCAAAAUUCCAGCCAAGUUCCGGGGAUCCAUCUACAAUCAUCUCCGUGUAGAACUAAUGGAAAUUCUCAAUGGGAGAAUUCGAGAGCUCGCGAAGCAAUACCAGGAAGCUUCUAAGAGGCUUCUAAGGGGAAAAUGGGAGAUGGACAGCGAAAUUCUCCGCGGCGCCAAGCUGAUUGCGAUGACCACAACCGGUCUCAGCAAGUAUCGGGCUUUAGUAUCUAGCCUCAAUCCCACCAUUGUUCUGAUUGAAGAAGCUGCCGAGAUUCUGGAGGGUCCCAUUACAGCAGCAUGUCUUGAAUCAGUCCAGCAGCUCAUCCUCGUAGGAGAUCAUAAGCAGCUAAAGGGCCGCUGUAACUUACGUGACCUGACUGGUCCCCCCUUCCACUUGGAUUUAUCCAUGUUUGAAAGACUGGUGAGCAACGACAUGCCAUAUGUCAUGUUGCAAGAGCAGAGACGCAUGAUUCCGGAGAUCCGUGAACUUCUUCAUCCAAUUUACGGUGAGCUGAAAGACCAUCCGUCUGUUCAAGAGUAUCCUCUCAUCCCUGGAAUGGGAGAUAUGCGGUCGUUCUUUUUCACUCAUAGCUGGCCUGAGAAUGGUGAUAGCCUUCUUUCCAAGCUCAAUGAAAUGGAGGCUGCCAUGCUAGUCGAGUUCUGCGUCUAUCUUGUCAUGAACGGAACUCCAAUCGACAAAAUUACAAUCUUGACAUUUUACAACGGCCAGAGAAAGCUAAUAUACAAGCUCGCCAAGUGCCACAAGCAUAGCUUGCUUCUCCAGGGGGCAAAUAUUGUGACGGUUGAUUCGUAUCAAGGCGAAGAGAACGACAUCGUUUUGGUCUCGCUUGUUCGAAGCAACUCGUCCCAAACAAUUGGAUUUCUUGGGGUUGAUAAUCGAGUUUGCGUUGCAUUGUCUCGUGCAAAGAGAGGGCUUUUCCUUUUUGGAAACGCAGAGCUUCUGUUCUCCAGCAGUCCACUGUGGAUAAAGGUCCUCAAGAUCAUGACUACCAAUGCCAACAACAUGCGUGUUGGACGCGUGUUCAAAUUGACCUGCAAGUCACACGGCCGUCCCAUUAACAUCAGCGCUCCAGGGGACUGGAAAGACAGAAAUGGAGGUUGCCAACAGGACUGCGGAGCAACUCUACAGUGUGGGCAUCUGUGCCCAAUUUCAUGUCACGGUUUUGACCAUCAAGUGGUGGUAUGUACGACAAACUGCAACCACAUAUAUCUGUGCUGUGGUGUCACCUGUCGCAGAUUAUGCAAAGAACCCCACGACCACCAAUGCAACUGCACCCUCGAAAUAACGAGAACCAGUCAAACUGACGACAAAGAUACAGAUGAGGUUCAAAGGGUGAUCGAAGUUCUUGAGAAGGCUGCCAUUGCUGGCGAGUUUUCUCGUGGCCCUUUCCAACAUGGACGUGCGCCUAGACCAGACAACAAAGCUUUUCGUCACUCCCGAGGUUCAUUUCUGAAAAAUUCCAGGGAGAUCCAAAGAGAUCUUCUGAAUUCGCUAGCUACGGUAGCAGAUGCACCGCAUGAUGAUGAGGCCCGGCAUAAUGCAGCUCGGCAAAAAUGGCAAGCAUUUGCCAAUGGCGGCGCUAAAGAAAUGGACGAUCACCUGAACAUUUUGUACAGAGCGCCGGAUAUAAACUCCGAACAGGUCAAAAAUGCCAUCGCCAAUCUGGACAAGGCAUUCAUUCCCAGGGAGUUUUGGUCGAUCAAGGAGGCACAGGAGCUUCAGAAUCAAGAGUCAAAGGUGAUCAAGGAACCUGAAUGGCUGCAAUUACAGGUUAUUAAGGAGGAACAGCAGUCAGGGAAUUUGGAAAAGCCCAAUCUCCAUGUGACUAAGGAAAAUCUACUUGACUUGGACUAA